AUGGUCAAGCAAGUGACGCUCGAGGUGGAUACGAUCCUCUUUGACAUGGACGGCACCCUGAUCGACUCCACGCCCGCCGUCAAUGCGACGUGGGCGGCGUUCGCAGAGCAGUACCAGCUCGAUCUGGACUUCGUGAUGCAGACGUGCCACGGCUACCGCACCGUCGAGAACCUGCGGCGCUUCAUCCCGAGCCUCUCGGACGACGAGCUGCCGCGCGAGGUGGAGCGGUUCGAGUCCAACAUCCUCGUCGUGGCGCAGCAGAACCAGGCUAAAGGCAUCGCCGGUUCCAUCAUCGCCAUGCCUGGUGCCAAGGACUUGCUGCACCAGAUCAACUCGACCCGCCCCACCACCGCCACCGCCGCCGCCGCCGGUAACCACGGCUGGGCCAUCGUCACUUCGGCCACCAAGGCCUACGCCCAGCAAGGCUUCGCCUCUGCCAACGUCUCGCAACCCCCGCGCGUCUUUAUCACCUCGGACCUCUGCACAAAGGGAAAGCCCGACCCGCAACCUUACCUCCUCGGCGCCCAGCACGCCGGCAAGGACAUCAGCCGCUGCCUCGUCGUCGAAGACGCCCCGCCCGGCAUCCGAUCCGGCAAGGCCGCCGGCGCCAAGACCCUCGCGCUCCGCACCACCCACGACGGCGAAAAGAUGCAGGCCGAAGGCGCAGACCUCAUCGUCGAGGACCUCCGCAGCGUUGCGGCCCGCUGGUCCGACGACGGACAGCGCAUCAUCCUCACCAUCCAGGCAGAGGAGCCCGAAAAGGGAGAGGCAAAGGGCAUCUCGGCCCUCGCCAACCACAUCCGAAAAGAAAACGACCCCACCGCCGCCGCCAACUAG